AUGGCGGAGCGUCCCGGGGGUAGGAGACGUUCGCGUCGCGACAGCAUGGAGACAGGGGGUUCUUUGCGUGGUACGCCGCCAACAUCGAAGGAUCGAAGGACUAAACGAUCGAGCAAACCGUCCAAGGAGCGAUGGUUGCUCACGAGAAAGACGUGGCGUUACAUGGCCGACGCCGGUAGACGUUUGAUACCCGAUGGAACGCACAACAGACCGGAGGAUAUUCCAAAGAUAGAGCAGUAUUUUCAGGAAGUGUGUCAGAAGGAGCCUAGAUUUCUGCUGUGGAGGAAAGCCUCGUACCCGGGUACCUUGGGUUUCCGAUCGCAGAGGCGUAGAAGACAGGUGAAAGGUGGCAGUUGUCGAACGAAAGCUAGCUCGGCCGACGAAGCUGACGACGUCAGAGGUCCACCUAGAAGUUUCAUCCUUCAACCCCCCCCCGCCGGUAAAUUUGACCUGGCCAAGGCUAAGAGAGAGUGGCUACUAGCGACAAAAGGUGGUAGUACACCGUCGAGUCCCGUGGAGCACAGAAAGUUUCAACAGGAGGACGCGGAAACUAAAGCAUUGGCCGACAUGCUGCAAAAGUACCUGAACAUGCAGAGUGACGUCGCUGGUACGACGAAAUCGAAGGGUAGAUCGGAUUUUUCCGGUCAAACGGAGGGCAAAGAGCUGUUCGACUAUCAGAGUCUCAUCGACAAGCUCCAGCAACAUCUAGAUCUGAUGGUUGCUCAGUCGAAGCUGGAGGAACUGUCUGUUCAACGAGGAUCCACGGAUAACAAGGACAGAGACAAGGUUCCGAAGUCCAUGCAACCGUAUCAAGGAGAUUACGUGCACAAAUCGCUGAUGGACACGAUAGGUCGGUACUACAGCAAAUCUGGUACCAGGGAACACGUGAUCUCCUCUAUUCUAACCGAUCGAAAGCUCUUGGAGAAGUUGUACUUCGACCUGAGGUGCACCAGAGGUUUCAGAGGGCCACGUGCGACUGGCGCCUACACGUCGCCGUCGACACGUUGGUGGACCCACCAGCGCAACAGAGGACCGUCGAAGGAAUCCGAAGACUGGCUCUCUGUCAGAAGGGACGCCAUCUCCCCGCCGCCUCUGAUAGCCGUCCAAGAGCCCAGCACCGAUCGCGGUCCAAUUGACGACGGUGUCCAAACGGAUCCUGUACCUCGCGAGGUGAUCGACGCGAUUUUGUUGGAACGAGAGAAGGAGGAAUCGUCGGAGGAGCCAUCGGUGCAUAAAACGAGCAGCGGCAGCGGCGGUCGUAGACGAAGCAGCGUCGACAACGAUGACGUUUCACCGUCUGUCAGCGACACGAUCAAGAGGUAUCUACGAAUGGCCAGAAAGAAGUCCAUGGACGCCGACAAAGUGGACAGGUUCAAGCGGGUGAACUACGACAGAAACCUGAGGAACAUCAAGGCUAAAGGAGAGAUCACGAAGUUGAGCGACGACGAUGGGAAUAACAAAGGAUGUCAGACCGACGACAAUUGGGCGGUUAAUUACAGAGAGAUGUCCUCGACGGAGAAUCCAUCGGAGAAUCUGUCAGAUGCGGACACUACGACAUCGCCGCCGAGUAGAAACGCGAGCUCAAGGAGCAGCAUCGAUGCUGGCCUUGGCUCGGAAGAACCACUGACCCCUAAGCAUCACCAUCAUCAGUCCUUCCUAUCCCAUCUCCUACACGGUUCCAACGCGCACAAGGAUAAGCCUCACUCGGCACCCGGUUCACCGGCACUCACGUCAUCGUCCACCAAUUCCGCAGGUGGCACAGCGAUGCAGAAGAGCAAGUCCUCGAGCAGCGUGGUGCAUCACGGCAGCCGACUGGUGGCCAAGAAGAUAUGGAGGUCCAGGAGCAAGAGCACCUCGAGGGCGACCAAUCAACCCUCGGUAUGGACGCCGCAGGGAAAGUGCACGUGGGCGGGAACAGGUGGACGACGAGUCACCCUGCAGGACACUUCGCUAAGGUCACUGUCAGAAAUCGAGAGAAAGGUCCUGUGCAAGGUGGCAGUCGCGAAACUUCAGGCCCUCAACCUAGGUGUUCAUAUUAGGCCACCGAGCGAAUCGCUCGGUAGCAGUGCCGUUGUUACGAAGCCGAAGAGGAGAGCUCCUCUGCUGAAGAGGAAAGCUCUUACCACCGGUUUCUUCGACAAUAAGGGAAAGGACGACAAGGAAAAGGAUUCGUCGGGUGGCCUGGUAUUUGGCAUACCGCUGUCACAGUGUUUGGAGAACGAUAGGAUCGCUAGAAUCGCCGCUGGUGAGGUCUCGGAUGUCGGUUGCUUAUCGAGGAGCAGCAGACACGGCAGUAGAACAAGCUUCACGAGCCUCAUCGAACCAACUGUCGCUGCAAAGACCGACGAGGGUGGCUCGUGCGAGUCUUUAUCGUCGAAAGGCGGAGCUCUAACCGGAAGCGACUCCGGGGUGCUCGAGUUGAGCGACAGCGGCGGAGGAGGCCCUCCAGGGGAAUGGGACGCAGUUCCAGGCGUAGUGAGACAGUGCAUCAGGCAUCUGGAGAACACAGGCCUCCGGACGCUCGGCAUCUUCCGAGUGUCGCCUUCGAAGAAGAGGGUAAGACAGUUAAGAGAAGAUUUCGAUUGUGGUCGUGAGACGAAAAUCGGACCCGAUCAAUGUCCCCACGAUGUGGCAGCCCUUCUGAAGGAAUUUUUGAGGGAUCUACCCGAUCCUCUACUGUGCAGGGAUCUCUACCAAGCCUUCGUCCAUACACAAAAGAUCCGGAACAGGCGACUUCAGCAAGAGGCUCUUCAGCAUCUCAUUCAGCUGCUGCCCACGCCGAACCGUGAGACGCUCUGGGCACUUUUGAGCUUUCUCAGCGUGGUGGCAGCGAACAGUGAAGAUCAAAAGACGGAGACAGGCGAGUGGGUACCGGGGAACAAAAUGGACACGACCAACUUGGCCACGGUAUUCGCGCCGAACAUCCUCCAUUGCGUGAAGCCCGGACAGAGGUCAGAGGUGUCUGCAGAAAGGGCGGAAGAAAGGAUAGACGUAAUAAACGUGGUGAGAGCUCUUCUAGAGCACGCUGCAACGUUAUUUACGGUGCCGGCCGCACUUCUAGACGAGGUGUACCUACACAUGAUGGACACACAUCCUGCUGAUUUAGAUCUCGCCCUUUCUCGACGCUCUGAAGAGCAGUGCGGAGACGAGGCGGAUCCAUGCAGCGAAGCCGAAACCUUUUCGGUCGAGGAGACGCUGACGACGUCGACGACGACCACCACAGCCACCACCACGUCCACCAGAAAGGUAUGGACCAGGGAGCAGUGUCUCCACCAGACUGCCGGCGUGGGUGGAGAUAUAGGUCCAAGGCCGAGGCGGCCAAAGAGGCCUGGAAGUCGACGAAAAGAGGAGGGCAGGAGUAACAGCGUGGACAGUGGAUCUAGCGAGGAUCCGGCUGAUCCUCGAAGAAGAUCCUCGCCCAUGGUAAUCACCGCCAGUCUCACCAUACCGAUGUCCGGAGCGUUCACGUUGAACCUCGACGAUCCGGACAUUCCUUACAUCGAGGAAGCGCCUAAACAACCGAGCGCGCCGCCGAGGAGGCAGAGGCAGCGAUCGAUUUCCGGUUGCAGCGAAGGUGGAAGGCACGGAAGCGACAGCGCCGUGGGCUCUUCCGCCACGUUGUCCGGCGAUCAAGCGCCAAGUUCACCUCCGUCGUGGGCGUCCUCGCCACCUGCCAGCCCGGACAGCGCGGUCACCGCUGUUUCGUACAUCCCCGACCAACAAGCCGUUCUUCAGAGGGUGUCGUUCACCACCUCGAGCGAGGUACGCCAAGUGACCAGGUCGAGUAGCAGCCAAGAGACGUCGAGGAGCACAGCGGCACCGUACACGCCGAGCAUCACGAGCAUCGGUGGUGCGGUUUUGAGGUCGAAGACCGCCGACAUUGAGAGGAUGUUGCACAUCACCAGACCGGACACCGGUAUUACCAUGUCACCUCAGAGCAAGACCAGCUCGACGACCACCUCCUCCGAGAGCAAAAAGUACACGAAGAGACGGUACACAGACUCGAGGCAUCAGACGCGUCACAUCCCCGACUCUGACACGUUGGCGGGGAAGGGCACGGUCACAGUUUCGGCCACGUCUGUCACCAUGUCCUCUUCGUCCUCGGCUACCGGCGCGCAGAAUCAACGAGCCGGAGCACAGCCGGUCUGGAAACGACGUGAGCUGAUCUCCAGCGCGCCUAAGGACAGGGAAGGAUACUUCUGAACGUCCCUUUCCCAGGGGCGAUCGAAUCGAAUGUUUCCAACAUCUCGAUGGACUGUUUUCUCUCUCAGGACUCGUUUUCAAAUAGACUUUAUCUCUCUCACAGACAUUCGAUUAAUUAAAUUAGCCUAGAGUUUCAUCUUCAGAAGAUGAACGAACU